AUGAACGCUCCGCCAAUGCCACCGGGUUACGGACGUGCCUAUCCCCAGGGCGUCCAACGGUCUCCUGCCACGCCUCGUCGCGGCCCCCAAGCUCCAGGCCCAAUGCCCGUCCCAAUGUCUCAGCACGCCGUACCGCCCCAGUACAUGGCGCCUCAGCGUAACCUUCAGCACCAGAAUGACGCUGCCCUCCGCCGCAGCCGUAAGCCCACGGACAAGAACAUCCCAGAUGGCGUUGAAGAAGUUGUUAUCGGUGAAGGUGUGCAGCAGUACAAGAGCUUGCGCGAGCUCGAGAAGCGCCUCGACGCGGCUAUUGUGCGGAAAAGGCUGGACAUCCAGGACUCGAUCAGUAAAACAGUCAAGAAGUACCGGACAAUGCGCAUCUGGGUUUCGAACACGGUGGAGAACCAACCCUGGCAGACUGGUCAGAACGGCUCGGUUCCCGGGACCACCCCUGGCUCAGGACGAUACAAGGUGCGGAUAGAGGGUCGCCUGUUGGAUGAUGGCAGCGAUGCUGCAGACGCAGACAGUGAUGACGAGGGCGAUGCUCAGGACACCGGAGAUGCGAUGGAGGAAGAUGGCUCAGACGGGAAGAAAUCAGCGUCUGAUAAGCGGUCGAAACAGCGCUUUUCGCAGUUCUUCAAAUCGAUCACCGUGGACUUCGACAAGUCCCCGUCAACAAGUCCUGAUGAGAUGCAGACUAUAAACUGGGCGAAACCGCAAGUACCACCGAAUGCAGCCCUUCCACCCAACGCAGAUUUCGACAGCGUGCAGUUUUCCCGGGCGUCGCAGGAGAACCUGAACGUCACUAUCAGCCUUGUGAGAGACGAGACACCCGAGCGCUACAAGUUGAGCAGGGAGCUGGCGGAGGUGCUUGACGUCGAGGAGGAGAGCCGAAGCGGCAUUGUGCUAGGCAUCUGGGACUACAUCCGCGCCAUGGGGCUUCAAGAAGAUGAAGAGAAGCGACUAGUACGCUGCGACGAUCGCCUUCGAGCGAUCUUCGGCCGAGACCAGAUGUUCUUCCCUCAAAUCCCAGAAAGCAUCGGCCCUCACACCAGCCCCCUCGACCCAAUAAAACUCCCAUACACCAUCCGCGUCGAUGAAGAAUUCCACAACGACCCCACUCCCACCGUCUACGACAUCCAAGUCGCCGUCGAAGACCCUCUCCGCUCAAAGAUGCUAGCCCUAAACCAGAACCCUCAGUAUACAGCCGGGAUGCGCCAGAUCACCCAGCUGGACGACCAGGUUGCCCUCAUUAUCCAGGCUCUCACACACUCGCGCGCAAAACACUCCUUCUUCACAGCGCUCAGCAAAGACCCGGCUACGUUUGUCCGUCGCUGGCUCAACUCUCAGCGCAGAGACCUCGAGACGAUCCUCGGGGAGGCGACCCGCGGUGGCGGCGAGGAUGCCAGUGGGCCGGAGUUCCGACGUGGUGGUUCCGACAGCGUAUGGGAUACGGUUGUUGCUCACGAGGCCGUGCGGUAUAUGCUUGCCAAGCCUGAGGCUGGUAUGAGUCGGUGA